GUGAAGCGCGUCUGCUCGCAGCCUCCACUCUGCAGUUGCGGGCUGCACUACAGUUGGUAGCUGUUGGCCACAGGUUGUGGAUGAGGACAGAGGUCCGCGCGAACACAAUCCGUCAAGUUAAGUUGAUGUUUCAUUCGGGAGCACCUCCCUCAACAUGAGGGUCCGUACCUGACUUUGGAUAUUGAACACAGGCUGCCUGUCGCUACAAGUUCAAUAUCCAUUCUCCAGAGUUUCGGCGAACAGAACUGGGCGCAAUUACGCACGGCGAGCACCACCAUGGCACCGAUUUUGGAUAGACGUGCCCCGGCUUUGCUCUUGGUUUGGAGCUACUGCGUCCUGGCGGAUACCGCUUUUACGAACUUUACUUUGGACAACGAGUUCCACUCCAGUUUCAUCCACCGUCGGCUGAAGAGCCAGGAGCGCAGAGAGAUGCAGCGGGAGAUCCUGUCGAUCCUGGGGCUGCCGCACCGGCCGCGACCCCAUCUCCACGGAAAGCACAACGCUGCCCCGAUGUUUAUGUUGGACUUGUACAACGCCAUGUCCACGGAGGGGGACGAGGACAGAUACUCGUACCCCUACAAGCCUGUGUUCACCACCCAGGGGCCCCCGAUAGCCAGCCUGCAAGACAACAACUUCUUGAACGAUGCAGACAUGGUCAUGAGCUUUGUCAAUCUGGUGGAGCACGAUAAGGAGUUCCUGCCAGUGCGGCGGCAUCACCGGGAGUUCAGAUUCGACCUAUCGCGGAUCCCGGAGGGCGAGGCGGUCACUGCUGCCGAGUUUCGUAUAUACAAAGACUUCAUCCACGAACGUUUCGAUAACGAGACCUUCCGCAUCAGCGUCUACCAGGUGUUAGAGGAACACUCUGAUAGGGAGUCAGACCUGUUUCUGCUGGACUCGCGGGUGAUCUGGGCAGCAGAGGAGGGCUGGUUGGUGUUCGAUGUUACAGCCACCAGUAACCACUGGGUCCUGAACCCUGGCAGGAACCUGGGUCUACAGCUCGCCCUGGAGAGCACAAAUGGAGAGAGCAUCAACCCUCGUGUGGCCGGGCUGAUUGGUCGCAGUGGGCCUCAGAAUAAACAGCCCUUCAUGGUGGCCUUCUUCAAAGCCACUGAGGUGCACCUGCGAAGCAUCCGUUCAGCGCAAGGGGGGGCCAAGCAGCGUAACCCCAACCGCUCCAAAGGGACAAAGAGCCAAGAGGCGCUGCGAGUGGCCAAUGUUGCAGAGAACAGCAGUACUGAUCAGAAGCAGGCGUGUAAGAAGCAUGAGCUCUACGUCAGCUUCAGAGACUUGGGGUGGCAGGACUGGAUCAUCGCUCCAGAAGGAUAUGCGGCGUACUAUUGUGAGGGAGAGUGUGCCUUCCCGCUGAACUCCUACAUGAACGCCACAAACCAUGCCAUUGUGCAAACCCUUGUUCAUUUUAUUAACCCGGAGACGGUCCCUAAGCCGUGCUGUGCCCCCACACAGCUCCACGCCAUCUCAGUGCUCUACUUCGAUGACAGCUCCAAUGUCAUCCUCAAGAAAUACCGCAACAUGGUGGUCAGAGCUUGUGGCUGCCACUAGGUUAUCAGCAUCUUCACAUAGACACACACACACACAUAUGCACACACACACAAGUAGAAAGGGCUUCUUCUUGCUGUCAGGCGCCAUUUGAAACAUAUGAAACCUGUGCGAAUGAUUCUCUCGUUACAUUUCAAAGGCUGUCCUGAAGUAAACACGAUGUUUUGUGGCUGAACAGGACUUUCAAUCAGUUUCAGACUCCUCGCCACACAUGCACACACACACAUGCACAAACAAACACGCACACACACACACUCACGUUUGUGCUUCCUACUGUGUAUACAAGACAUUAAAAGCAGUGAUUGUACUGUAUAUUCAUUCACAGUCAACAAUCUUUUGUUUAUUUCAAUAAUUGUUAUUGUAGUUGAUUCUUUUACUGUAGAUUUUAUUAUAUAUAUAUAAAUAUAUUUUUAUGACUGAGAGACCCGGAUGGAUGUUCUGAAUUUCUUCCAUGUACAAUACUGUGUAAAUAUUUGUUGUUGUUUUUUUUUUCAAAGCAAGAAGUGUAUUUAUUUCCUAGAAUGUCACUUGUGUUUUCUCCUGUAUGUAAUGCUGCCUGUUUUUCUUUCACACGAUAACAAACACACAAACUCUGAGGGAACGAAAACAAGUCGACAGAAAGCGACUUUGACACGAGCGUCGAGCUGAAACUCGAUGCGCCUCUCCCUGCCUCACGUGUACGCUACACGCUGACGGCGGGAGGCAAUUUAUGACAAUUUGGACCUGUGGAAAUGUCUCCAUAUUUCAUCAGUCGAAGCUGUUCCGUAUAUGACGCACAUUUUUAUAGCAGCAAUCAGCUGAACUGUCAGAGAGGGAGCUUUGUACGGAGCAUCUUGUUCUGUGUGCGAGAUGUUUUCGGGUUUAUAUUCCUCUGCUGUAAUACAAUCUGUCAUAUUUAAAAGGUCUAUUUAUUGAGAGCUGGCUAAGAUGUUCUACGGUGUGCUCCGAUGUCUCAACCAUGUUUUACUGCUGAACUGGUACAACAAUAAACUGGGAGAAAAGCAACAAAA